AUGGAAAAUGAGGCUCGACGUUAUGAUAAUGAUAGUGAGGAAAUCUCAGAGACCGAGUCUGAGAGAAGGGAAUCUGUGUAUGCUCAUCCAGUUGCUUCAAAAAGGGCUUGUUUAUGGCAGGAGUUGGAAAGAUUAAGAGCUUACACGUUAGAGCCUUGGUUCAUUGCUAGUGAUUUUAAUGCUAUCUUGCGAAUGUCGGAAAGGAAGGGAUGUGCUAGAAAUAGAGCUGGGGUGUAUAGAGUCUUUCAGGAUUGGUUUGAGAAUUUUGGUCUUCUAAAUUUAGGCUUUAAGGGGAUUAGAUUUACUUGGAAGAGGGGUAAUCUUCAAGAACGAUUAGAUAGGGCACUGUGUAAUGUUGUUUGGAGGCAAGAGUUUCCUGAAGUUUGGAAUAAAACUAUCUUUGGUAACAUCUUUGUUCGUAAAAGGAAGUUGCUUAAUAGAUUGGAAGGGAUACAAAGAGCUAUGGAAAGGAGAUGUACAGCUAGCCUCUUGGAGAUUGAACAAAAAGUGAAGAAGGAGCUUGAAAUGGUUUUAUGGCAGGAGGAGGUUUUAUGGUUUCAAAAAUCUCAUAAGGAGUGGAUUCAAGGGGGGGAUAGAAACACUGCAUACUUUCAUAUGAAAACAGUGUGCCGAAGAAGAAGGAAUAGAGUAGAAAUGCUUAAGAAUGGGGAUGGAGUGUGGGUGGAGGAUUAA